AGCGCCGGGCGCCGGCGGCUCAGGCUCGGGCUCGGGCUGGGGCUGGGGCUGGGGCUCCAGCUCGGGCCCUGCUGCACCUGUGACUCGGCGACGCUGCUCCUCCGCUGCUGCCCCGCGCGCGCGCGCUGCCCCAUGGCCCCGUCCCGGCUGCAGCUCGGCCUCCGCGCCGCCUACUCCGGCUUCAGCUCGGUGGCCGGCUUCUCCAUCUUCUUCGUCUGGACGGUGGUCUACCGACAGCCGGGGACUGCGGCUAUGGGGGGUCUCGCAGGUGUCCUGGCGCUGUGGGUCCUGGUGACUCACGUGAUGUACAUGCAGGACUACUGGAGGACCUGGCUCAAAGGCCUGCGGGGCUUCUUCCUCGUGGGUAUUCUCUUCUCAGCCGUCUCCGUCUCUGCCUUCUGCACCUUCCUGGCACUGGCCAUCACCCAGCACCAGAGUCUCAAAGACCCAACCAGCUACUACCUCUCCUGCGUCUGGAGCUUCAUCUCCUUCAAGUGGGCCUUCCUCCUCAGCCUCUACGCCCACCGCUACCGGGCCGACUUCGCUGACAUCAGCAUCCUCAGCGAUUUCUGACCCAGGGAAUGAGGUCAUUCCAGCCUGGGGGCCCCCAGGACCAGUACUCAGCUUCUGAGUCAUCAAGUGAGCCUGGGGGACUCCAGAACCAUGGCAGAGCAUAUCCAGCAGGGCCAGUUCGGUUUCCCAGAAAGCCGUCUGGUCCCCCUUUUUGGGGAGACAGAACUGUUGAAGGGGCACUGCCAAUCUGCCCAUUAGCCUGGCUAAUGGGCAGCUUAGACCUUUCCAAAUGGAUCUAUUUUCUUAGCACUCUGAGGAAUCUUUGUAAGUAGGGCCACGAUAAUGGACUCAAGGUGUCAAGGGGUAGGACCGUGAGGUCUGAACGUCUGGUGAGGGGCAGGGUUGGAGACAGGCUUCCUUGAUGUCCUAGACGUCACUGAAGCCGUGUGUGUGCGCGUGGGGGAGGCAUCUGGAAAGGUUUGAUCAAGUAAGGAAUCUCCAGUAGAGCUCUCCAAAUCCCACCCCAGCGCCUCCACCCUGUUGUCCUCAAGGGUCAGGUAGCUGAAUUCAUCAGUCCCUAGGGAAGUGACAGUUGGCUCUGUCCCCAAGCUGCAAGACUGAACAGAACCCAGUGUCUCUCCCCCUCCCUUCCCUCCAGAGUCUGUUUCCCACGAGGGUGCUAGAGCCCGCCAACCAUUCCUGUGUGUCACACGCGCACACAUGACCACACAUUGCCAGAGCUGGGCUCCUCGGAUGAGGCUAGACCUGAGGACCACAGGAAACACACCCAUGCACCUACCUAGAAGGGCUUUGGGAUAAGAGGGCAAGCUGGUGGGGGCUAGAGAGCACUACACCUCUACGCCUGGGUCUCCAGCCUUGCACGUUCACCUGACCCUCACUGCACAAGACCACCCCGACCACGAGGACCUCUCCCUGCACCGAACCCCAACACUGACGCUCAUCUCUCUCCUGAAUGGACAUGGGCCCAAGGCCCCACCUAAGUAGAGAGGUGGAGCGGGGGCCGCUACGUUUAUCCUUUCUUGUUAGGUUGUCACUUUGCACGUCCACUUCUCCACCAGGGUCCCGCCCUCGCUCUCUGCCUUACACUACUGUCACUUUAGCAGAAAUACAGCGGCCGUUUUUAUCAGCCUCAGGGUGUUUCUUUGGGGGGGGGAGCGUCUUGAGAGAGGACUGUAUGAGUGGAUGAGGUGGGGCCUCCACCUAUCUGAUUAUAUCUCUAAGGUAAGCUCUGGGCGAGCGGGCAGCCUGCCCUCUUGGCAUGAGGAGACCACUAACUCAGACCUCCUUUGCUCCCCCAGCCCUGCCCUAUGGGGCCAGGAUGCUCACAGCCUCAGCAUCCCUUGCAGAUUCCAUACCACCCCCUAGGUCAGAGAAAGAGAAUCUUUUUUUCUUUUCCCCCUCCUACUCCAAACAGACUGCUUGGGGCUCCAAGGUAUAUGGUGACCAGGCUGGGCAGACUUAGAACCAGAAAGACAGGAGCUGGCAAUACCCCCCCCCCCCCCCGUUAUGCUGGGCACGUUUUUUCUGGCCUCUUGUCUCAUCCAUCCUUUUACUUUACAAUCUAUACUUAAAACAUCAUGGUAAGGAACCAGAAGCCAUGUCCACACCUAGGGCCAUUUACUGAAAGAUCCAGGAGGCGGUGACUACAGACACGGCAGGACUUAAGCCCAGGUGUGUGCUUCAUGACCUUUUUGGGGUGUCUUGGCAAACUGAGCCUGAGAACUUGUCCCAUAUCCCACAGGGCCCAGUCUGUAGGGCUCAGCCCGGGAUCAUCUCCUUUUUCACCUGGGUUGGUGGUAAGCAUGUAUUUGGAGUGGGUUCUUCCUGCAUGCAGUAGCCGUGGGAGGGUAAGGGACUAGAGAGUCUGAGUUCGGCCCCAACUUGCCCCCUUUCUCAGCCCAUCGCAGGGUGCCAGGUGAGCACCCACCCCACUGAUGAUGUAUCACUAACAUCCAGGAGGCAUACUCACAAGGCCUUUAAAGCAAAUAAAACAUUUAUUGUUCA